AAAGGAGCCCAGAGCCGUUAGACCCAAGAGCAGACACAGGGUGUGCCUAAUUUACCCUCAAGGUUGCAUAAGCAGGAUUUCAAAAUUUAUUCUACUCUAGAGACUUCAACCUAGUAUACAAUGUUCCUGGCUGGAAAAGAAGAACUAUAUCAUUCUUUUUUUUCAAAUCUUUACCAUUACUUGCCCUUGUAUCUCCGCCUUCUCUUUCUGCAGGAAACUUUAUUUCCUACUUCUGCACACCAAGUUUCUACCUCCAGAUCUCUUUGGUUCAGUUGCUGAGGAGCCUGACACACCAGUGCCACUUGGAAGAAGCCAUCUACCAGACAGAGGAAGAUGGAUGACAACGAUACAUUUUCCCAGUUCAGCCACAAUGUGCUUUCUACAUCGCAGUCUCUGUUUGCAAUGAGUACCAAGGGGGAUGAGGAAGAACCCACCACCAGUUAUGACUAUGAUUACAGUGAGCCCUGCCAAAAGACCACCGUGGGACAAAUCGAAGCCCGGCUCCUGCCCCCACUCUACUCACUGGUGUUCAUCUUUGGUUUUGUGGGCAACUUGCUGGUCGUCCUCAUCCUGAUCAACUGCAAAAAGCUGAAGAGCAUGACUGACAUCUACCUGCUCAACCUGGCCAUCUCUGACCUGCUGUUCCUCCUCACCAUCCCGUUCUGGGCUCACUACGCUGCAGACCAGUGGGUCUUUGGGAACCUGAUGUGUAAAUUUUUCACAGGGCUGUAUCACAUUGGUUAUUUUGGUGGAAUCUUCUUCAUCAUCCUCUUGACAAUCGACAGGUACCUGGCUAUCGUCCAUGCUGUGUUUGCUUUGAAAGCCAGGACAGUCACCUUUGGGGUGGUGACAAGUGGGGUCACCUGGGUGGUGGCUGUGUUUGCCUCUCUCCCAGGAAUCAUCUUUAUCAAAUCCCAAGAAGAACAUUCUGGUUAUGCCUGCGCCCCUUAUUUCCCACUAGGAUGGAAGAAUUUCCAUACAAUAAUGAGGAGCAUCUUGGGCCUGGUGCUGCCACUGCUUGUCAUGAUCGUGUGCUACUCGGGAAUCCUAAAAACCCUGCUUCGGUGCCGAAAUGAGAAGAAGAAGCACAAGGCCGUGAGGCUCAUCUUCGUGAUCAUGAUUGUCUACUUUCUCUUCUGGGCUCCCUACAACGUCGUCCUUCUCCUGAGCACCUUCCAGGUAUUCUUUGGCCUGAGUAACUGUAAGAACAGCAGUCAGCUAGACCAAGCCAUGCAGGUGACCGAGACCCUGGGGCUGACGCACUGCUGCAUCAACCCCAUCAUCUACGCCUUCGUCGGGGAGAAGUUCAGAAGGUAUCUCUCUGUGUUUUUCCGAAAGCACAUUGCUAAACACCUCUGCAAACAAUGCCCAGUUUUCUACGGGGAGACAGGAGAUCGAGUGAGUUCAACGUACACUCCUUCCACUGGGGAGCAGGAAGUCUCAGCGGCUCUGUAGAGGAGUAGCAGUUCCCUCGUUAUUUUCAAAGGGAGACAGCAAUCUAUAUAUGAUAAUAAGCCGCGAGGGUUUGUUGAAGAAUAGAGGACUCUAAGUCUCUAAAGCAAGUACCCAGGAACCUCAGGAUUGUGUGAACCAAGACAGUCUUAUACAUGUGCUUAGGGAAUAUUCCAGAACAACUGUGGGCAGAGACUUGGACUCUCCAACGAGCUUAUCACAGUUCCUGAAAAACGUCACUUUGCCUUGUGCUUUUGCUCUUUCCAUCUUCACCACUUCACCCACUCUCUGAUUCGAUCAAUCUCUUUAAUCAGCUGGAGGUGGGAAAGAGAACCAGGCACACGUGAAUGGAAUGAGGGAGAGUGGGGUCAGGACCAAGGGGACGGAGGAGGAGGUGUGAACAAGGCUGAGCCUGGACGAGGGGGUUCGCUCACCCAGCCAGGCAGCAGCACGGGCCCUUAGCACCAUCUCCUACUGUAUUUAACUCUGGAGGCUUCCCCGGCUCAUGGAGAGCUUAGGAGCUGUAAGAACUUCCUGGGAGCUUCGGUUGGGUCUGUGAUCCCCUUCUGCUAAGUGCAUGACACAUUUCUGCUUUAUUACAGUUUAGCUGUAACAACCACGCACCCUACAUUUGAGAUUUAUUCAGUACCUUGCCUCAUGUGCUUCUUAGGCUUCAUCCUCCUAUACAAAAAUUUACUGAAGUGUUUGUUUAUAAAAUACACAUAAUCUUUAAUGAGA